GGCUAUCCUGAAUUUAUUUAAACGGAUUAAACAGGAUGAUAUUCGUCAGUAUCUUCUCAUAUCUGUCGAAAUGAAGAAGUACACUUUUAGUUUGGUGCUUUUAUGUGCUCUUGUCUGCGGAGUUUUCGCUCGAUAUAAUUCGGAGGACUUCAAAGUUGAAGAUGACUCACCAGAAGAGCAAGACUUCACGAGGGAAAGAAGAGAUAUUUAUGUAGAGGAGGAUAAAAGGAAGCGAAGAAAUGUCAUAAUUGAAGAUGAUGAUGAUGAUGACGAUAGAAGGAAAAGAGACGUGAUUAUUGAUGAAGAAGAUCGUGAAAAAAGAGAAGCCGUAAAUGAUUUUUCAUCUUAUGAAGAGGGUGAUUCAAUUUACAGGAAGCGCAGAGAUCUCUACAAUGAGGAAGCUGAUGAGGAUAGGAAAAGACGGAAUAUAAUAAUUGAAGAUGAUGAGGAUGAUGAUAAAAGAAAAAGAAGGGAUGUUAUAAUUGAAGAUGAUGAUGACGAUAAGAGAAAGCGAAGAGAUAUUUACAUAGAUAGCGUUUGAAGAUAUAAAGGUGUUAAAAAUUGUAGCCUCUCGACUUAUUCAAUUUGAUAUAGAUACCUACAUAAAAUAUAAACUACCUCUGUUAAAAAAUCCUUUCUGAUGUCCCAAUCAUGUCACGAAUAUUUAAUUAAAUUACUAUCUACUAUGAAUAAGUGAAAAAAUACAACAAAAUAUUAAAACAUAACUCUUUUAA